UAAAACAACUCUCCACCUCCAGCUCGCCUACCUUCUACCUUCCUUCACUACUCACACCACAGAUGCCCUAGGACAAACACCCAAAAGGUGUUCCGGGUGCUAGUGAUGGUGCAUGGGGGUAAUAGCCCCCAAAGCCAGUGAGACCACUCCCACAGGGGCAUUCUCGUGUGCUGGGCAUCCCCCACCCUGUGACUGUCUACAAUGUGCUGCUAGAUGGUCCUCCCAACAGCCUCAAAACACCAGCAUCUCAUUCCAUAUCAGAGACAUGAAGCAACCUGCUCAUGUCGAAAAAGGAAGUGGAGGUGGCAUUCAAGGAAGACAGCUGAAAACAUUCACGCACGUCCCCUUGCAGAGAAGGAAAUCCAGAAGGUACACGGCUGCCAUCUUGCUCCUGAAGGACUAUGAGGCAGAAGGCGGCACAGGUCUAAGUGAGCACAAGUGGGACAAACUGGGGUCCAGCAGGGGAUCCAACCUUCUGCAGGAGGUGGCCUGCCUCAGCAGGCGGGGGUUCCUCACCAUCCUGGGUGCUCAUGCAAAGCCCACACACAGGCCAAGUGCAGGGUGGAGGGCUCUGUUCAAUGACCUUCACAGUGGUUCUAAACCAGCUCUGCCAAGGCAGCAGCACCAGGAGGGACCAGCCUCACUGCCUGCAGCCAUCUCAGGGAGAACCGGCUGAGACCUGGGCGAGGCCACAAUCAUUACAGCCAAAGUCUGGCAUUCGCCCCUGCCACCUUGCCCCCCCCCCCCCCCCCCGGGUUUCAAGCAACUGCCUGGAUUACGCUGGGGUGGGACAAGGCUGUCUCUGGUCUCUCUCUAAAGAGGCUCCAGCUCCCUCACGCCCACAGGAGAGGCAGAAGAGGAAAGUGGCUCAAAGACACAACAGCCCAGACAGGCUCAGCCUGCAGCUGCACCCUGGGCCUCUCAGGCACCCUGAGACAGGAAGAGGCUCUCCUGGGGCAGGGGUGGGAGUGGAGAGGACUUUCCUGGUCAGGCUAGAGAAACAGGUGAAGCCAGCAGGGAGGAGCUGACUUGAGCAGCCCGGGCCUCCUGACACCCUCCCAGCAGACAGGACAGAGUCCUGGCAAAACCUGGAGGGACAUGGUUCGGCCAUUCCGCCAUGGAGAACACAUGAGUGUGGAAACUGGGCUGGUGGGAGAGCUGGGGUGGCCUCUCUCCCCUUGGGAGAACAUGCAUGGGUUCAGAAACUGGGCUGGUGGGAGAGGUGCGGGGAGGUUCUCCCUCACAGGAGAACACACUUGACUGUGGAAACUGGGCUGGUGGGAGAGGUAGGGUGUCCUCUCCCCACUUGGGAGAACACACAUGAGUAUGAAAACUGGGCUGACGGAAGAGGUGGGGGGCCCUCUCCCCCACAGGAGAACAUUCAUGAGUGCAGAAACUGGGCUGGUGGGAGAGGUGGGGGGGCCUGGGGGACGGGGACAGUUUUCACCUCUGCUGACCCUGGCCAGAAGCCCUAUGAACCUGCUCUUGAGAGAACCUGCUUCUUCUGUCCCCAUAUUGAUGGAAGGCAAGAGUACCAGCUUGGCAUCCUAUGCCAGUCUGGGAAGACUGGGGGACCCAGGGACCCAGCGGCCAGCAGGGAGCUGUGCCAGUCCCAAGCACCCUGGCAAAAAGGCAAAACCUAGGAGUGGUGCCUCAAGACAAGGGAACACAACAGAAAAGCCAGAAACCACCACCAACCUUGGCCUUGGCCGGCAGCCCCUGAAACAAGCCCUCGGUCUCACUGUCAUCACCAACUUCUCCUACCCUGGGCUGUGUCAGCUAAGUGGGGACUGAGGGCCACCACUAGGUAGAAGUCACCGGGGUGCAAUGCGUGAGACCUGACAAACUCGUUCUGCGGGCUGCGGAUGGGUGCGAGGGUGGAAUCUCGGUGCUGCGGCUAGUGUGGGGCCAGCUGUGGAAGCUCCAGUUGUUCUCUCUGCCCCGGCACAGCCUGGCAGGAGCCCCGACAGGAAGCCAGCACAGCAUGGCCACCACCAACUUCGUGCAGGAGAUGCGAGCCGUGGGCGAGAGGCUGCUGCUCAAGCUGCAGAGACUGCCCCAGGCUGAGCCCGUGGAGAUCGUGGCCUUCUCGGUCAUCAUCCUUUUCACAGCCACUGUUCUGCUGCUGCUGUUGAUAGCCUGCAGCUGCUGCUGCACUCACUGCUGCUGCCCCGAGCACAGAGGCAGGAAGGUCCAGGUGCAGCCGACACCACCAUGAGGGACGGGGGAUGGCUGAGAAGCUGGAGAGGAGACGGCCAACGCCAUGACACAGGUCAUCAGCCUGGCCCUGCAGCCCUCGCCCCCUCAAAACCAGGCUCCCCUGGCCCCAGCUCUCAAAUGGCCCAGGUACCUGGACACUGACACCUGGAGCCCUACCAAGGAAACCAGGCUGGUAUAGCUGCAAACCUCUCACCUGCCUGUGGAUACCGGGUGCUGAGGAGUCAACUGUUUCAAAGACUGGGUCAACUGCCUAGGCUUCUUCGCCUACUUGCGCUUUUUAACAGAACAAGGAAGUAGGGGUCCCCAUCUGUGAGCAACUGGCCCUUGGGGCUCUACUGAUCCAUGCCAAAGAGAAGCAAGGCAAUCAGAGGGGCUCUGUGCAAUAGCUUCUGCAUCCGCACUCUGCCAGCGUGUGAACAUGUCAGUAUUCUAGUCCAGUAUUUGCCCAUUUCCAAGUAAAAGCCUUUGGGUUAUGUGCUUCUGUGGUGCCAGACCCCCUGAGGUUGGGCUGAACUCUGUGCAUCCAGAGGGGGUGUGGCCUCUACUCUCCCUGUGCCCAUGAAAGCUGGAAAACCACACAGAGAAGAGUGCCACGCAGGCGGUAACACCACGGGACCAGUGGAGGGUGCCAUGAAAUUCCUGUCAUGCAUUAGCUGCUAACGAGCUCUGCCAGGCUGAGGCUUAGGCUAGCUAGGCUCAGGAAUAGCACUUAACUCUCUUUACUGCCUGCCUCUUUGGCCUGUACACCCCAAACUAGCAGACUCAGGCCGGUGGGUCUUCGAAAACUGCCAGAGGAAGGCCCUAAUGUAAUCUGCAUGCUGACCCGGUGGCCCUCCCCCACUUGUGUGCUGUCUGGGCUCACACCCUCACCCUGUCAGCUGCGUCGUGACUCAACCUCCCUAAGCCUAAUUCCUCCUCGGUGAAAUGGGGCAAAUCCUGGUACUGCUUCUUGGGGUGUGCUGUGAGAAUAAACGCAGAUGACUUGCGUCUAGCACUUAGCAC